AUGGUGUCAGUCCUGCCCACAGAAGAGGGCAACGUGGCAGUGGUGGUGCGGGUACGGCCCCAGACUCAGCAGGAGCAGGAAGGGAGUCGACACGCUGUGGUGCAGGUGAUCGAUGACAGCAUGUUGGUGUUUGACCCUGAGGAACCCUGUCUAUCGGGAGUUUUUACAGGCUUCCGGGGCCACGAUGCCCCCAAGCGGAAGGGCAAGGAUCUGAAGUUUGUGUUUGACCAAGUGUUUGGUGAGAGUGCUACACAGGAGGAAGUAUUCCAGCACACAACUAAGGAGAUCCUGGAUGGGGUGCUGAAUGGGUACAACUGCUCUGUGUUCGCCUAUGGUGCAACAGGUGCAGGAAAAACCUACACCAUGCUGGGCUCUGAGAAGAGUCCAGGCAUCAUGUACCUCACCAUGGUGGAGCUUUAUAAGAGGAUUGAGGCAAGGAAGGAGGAGAAAAGCUGCGAGGUGCUCAUCUCCUACCAGGAGGUGUACAAUGAGCAGAUUCAUGAUCUCCUGGAGCCGAAGGGCCCUCUAGCAAUCAGGGAGGACCCAGAGAAAGGGGUAGUGGUACAGGGACUCUCCUUCCAUCAGCCAAAAUCAGCAGAGCAGCUCCUGGAGAUGCUAGCAAGUGGGAACAGAAACCGCACACAGCACCCCACAGAUGCCAAUGCUACUUCCUCACGCUCACACGCGGUCUUCCAGAUCUAUGUGAAGCAGCAGGACCGUGUCGUUGGCAUCACUCAGGACCUGCAGGUGGCCAAGAUGAGCCUGAUUGACCUGGCAGGCUCGGAGCGAGCAUCAACCACCAACACAAAGGGAGAGCGGCUCCGAGAGGGUGCCAACAUCAACCGUUCACUGCUGGCCCUGAUUAAUGUCAUCAACGCCCUGGCUGAUGCAAAGAGCAGGAAGUCCCACAUCCCGUACAGGGACAGUAAGCUCACACGCCUGCUGAAGGACUCUCUUGGGGGCAACUGCCGGACCAUCAUGAUUGCUGCCAUCAGCCCAUCUGCACUCGCAUAUGAGGACACCUACAACACGCUCAAGUAUGCCAAUCGGGCCAAGGAGAUCAAACUGUCGCUGAAGAGUAACGUGCUCAGCCUGGACUGCCACAUCACUAAGUACGCAGCUAUCUGUGAGCAGCUGAAAGCAGAGGUGGCAACUCUGCGAGAGAAGCUCCAAGCUUACGAGAGAAACACCCAGGAUCCAGACCACCAGGUUCCAGCUCCUCAGGCACAGUCUACCCCUUGGCAGGUGGAGCUGCUCAGGUCAGCAGAGGCUGCACAGGAGGUGUCUCCAGAUCAUGAAGUCCCUGAUAAGGGUAACCAGGAAAUGGUGAUACAGCAGCAGGAGCGGAAAGUGAGACCCCCCUUUCAGCAACAGGACCUGGGAGCAGUGGAACAGACGCCAGAGAAGGAACUUCAUGACUAUGCCACAGAUCUUCAGCAGAAAACCAAUAAACCAAGCUCUCUGCUACAGGGACUGCCCCGGGAUCCGACCCAGAGGCUGGUCCUUGCUGUCCUGCAUGUUGCACAAAGGCAGUACUUUCUGCUGAAGGCUGCCAACCUCCUAACCCCUGACAUGGUCUCAGAGUUUGAGGAACUGGAAUACCUGGUGCAAAGAGAAACCGGUAGGAGUCAAGAGCCAGCUGGGACUCUGGGCGGACCCGAGGUGACCAGUGAAAGCAUCCCAGCCCAAGAGGAGCAGCAGCACUCGGCUAACGUUGUACCAUUGGCCACCAGGCUGCAGGGUGCGCCUGCCACAGAACGUGCUGCCCCGAUGACGAGGGCUGUGACGCGGUCCUUGCAGAAGCUUGUGUUGGUCCCUAGUCCCUCAGCCAAGACUCCCAGCCUGCCAACGAAGAAGAGGAGGAGGUCGGAAAUGAGCAGCCCAUCCAAAACAGGAACUCCUGCCACGCCAAAACUGCAGGCGAAGCGCCAGCGGAAAUCCUCCCUUCCUGGCCGGCGAAGGCGAAGGGGCUCCGCAAAUGAAUCAGCUGCUCCUCCAGUGACAAUCAGUCACAGCACCCCCAUUGUUAAGGAAGCUAAACCUGCUCAACUAGUGCCUUAUUGCACCCCAAAACCCUGCCCAACAACAGUCACCAAAAGCCGGGUGCCCCUGACAACAUCUGCUGCCCAAAACUGUUGCACUCCAGCUACGCUGACCAUCCGAGACCUGAAUCUAACCUUUGACCUUGCUGAGGACAGCUGUUCAUCUGGUGUGGACAAUCCUGUGAAAUUCAGUGCCCCCGAGUUCCCUGGCUGGGAGAACGUCCAGUGCGUCUUUAAAAAGCCCGAAGGUUCCUUCAUGCCCAGAGCCUCCGUGCCCAUGUUCACCAUGAAGGGCUCCUCCAUCCCACCUGGCAGCAUCCCGAAGCCAUCCUCGUUGGUCUCUAAAGCAAUGGGACAGAAGAGAAGGCGUUCUGUGAGCACUGCCUCCCGCUCGCUGGGUGGGCUGCGGAGCCAGAGCCGAAUUGCCAGGCUCCGGAGCAGCAGUGUGAAGUCCUUGCAGACCCCAAGUAUCCCAGAGCGUCCUUCCUGCACUCUGGCCAAGAGGAGCAGAGCAGAUCUAGAAGUAGUUGGUGGAAAAAUGCUGGCUGCACCCAGAUCCCAGGCCAUGAAGCUUUUCUGCUGA